AUGGCUGUCCCGAUCUCCGCACCCCGGUUCCUAUUGCUCCAGGUGCUUCUGCUGAUUGGGGGCGCCGCCGUGGUCCGAGGAUUUGAGAUAAGCGAGGCCACCAUCGAGGGCAUCCACCUGGCGUUCUCCCGGAACGAGCUCACCUCACGGCGGCUGGUGGAGUUCUAUCUCGAUCGCAUCCGGACGCUCAACCCCCGCCUCAGGGCCGUCAUAGAGGUCAACCCGGCGGCCCUCUCGGAGGCGGACCGCGCCGACGAGAAGCGGCGGUGUUUGGUUUACGGGGAUCUGGGGGCCCUCCACGGCAUUCCUGUGCUCCUCAAGGACAACAUCGCCACCGCCUCGCCGCUCAACACCACGGCGGGGUCGCUGGCCCUGGUGGGGGCCACGUCGGCGCGGGACGCCGGCGUGGUGACGCGGCUGAGGAGGGCCGGCGCUGUCAUCCUGGGGAAGGCCAGCAUGUCGGAAUGGGCCGGAUUCCGCUCCUCGUCCGCCCCCAAUGGGUGGUGCGCUCGCAGCGGCCAGGGCUUGAACCCCUACAACCCCUCCGCCACGCCGUGCGGGUCCAGCAGCGGGUCAGCCAUCUCGGUGGCGGCGAACAUGGUUACCGUCUCUCUGGGCACGGAGACCGACGGCUCCAUCAUCUGCCCCGCCGCCUCCCAGGCCCUGGUCGGCAUCAAGCCCACCGUCGGGCUCACCAGUCUCGCCGGCGUCGUACCCAUCUCCCCCAGGCAGGACACAGUCGGGUGAGAAACCCCCCUUCUUCCUCAAUCUCCGCUCUCCCUCAAACCCUAACCCUCCUCGCCGCCGGCCGCAGGCCCAUCGGCCGCACUGUAGCGGACGCCGUGCGGGUGCUAGAGGUGAUUGCCGGGUACGACCCCAGGGACUCAAUGGCGACGGCGAAGGCAUCGGAGUUCAUCCCCCCCGGCGGGUACCGGCAGUUCCUCCGGGAGGACGGGUUGCGGGGGAAGAGGCUGGGGAUUCUGAGGCGGCCCUUCUUCGCCUUCCCCAAUGGCUCCGUCCUCGCCGACGACUUCCAAGCUCAUCUCCGCACGCUGAGGUAAAAUCUGAUCCCAACCCUCCACCUGGCAUCCCACAUCUGUCUCUCUCUCUCUCUCUCUCCCCCUCUCUCUAACUAGUCAGCCUGGCAGUUGUUUCAAUUUGACCAAAAUUGUGGUUAGAUAAUCUUUAUAUAAGUUUGAAGUGUUUUAAUUAUGAAGGGAGAAAGGUGCGAUCGUCGUGGAUGACCUGGAGAUUGCAGACACGAGCACCAUCCUCAACCCUACCGAGAGCGGGGAGGUGGCGCUGCUCCUCGCAGAAUUCAAGCUCUCCCUCAACGCCUACCUGGCGGAGCUGCCCUGCUCGCCCGUCAGAUCCCUCGCCGACGUUAUCGCCUUCAACGCCGCCAACCCGGCGGAGGUAGAGCCGCUCCCAAGCCCCGCCGCCAAAAAUGAGGCUUUUUUUUUAUUUAAGCCCGAUUGAUCAGACCCAAUCCGUGGCCGGUUUUGCAGGAGAGGUUGGAGGAGUUCGGGCAGGACAUCCUGCUGAUGAGCCAGGCAACGACCGGGAUCGGGCCGGCGGAGAGGCAGGCCUUGGCCCGCCUGGAGGAGCUCUCGGAGGGGGGCCUAGAGAGGCUGAUGAGGGAGGAGCGACUGGACGCGGUGGUGACGCCGGAGGCAACCGUCCCCACGCGCAUCUACCCAGUGCUGGCCAUCGGCGGGUACCCCGGGAUCGUCGUGCCGGCGGGGUUCGACGGUGAGGGAGUACCCUUGGGGAUAUGCUUUGGCGGGCUGAGGGGGUCCGAGCCUCGCCUGAUUGAGAUUGCCUAUGGGUUCGAGCAGGCCACCAAGAUCAGGAGGCCCCCCCCCCCCGGCCUAGACCGGGAAGGGCUCUGGGCUCGGCUCGGCCCGCAAAUGCUGCCCUCAUUGAAUAAGAAGAGGGCGUUAUAA